AACAAAUCAAAGUAUAUUAACUUUCAAAAACAUGUAGCACUGAUUCAUUGACGAGAGACAUGUCGAUAACAAGAGUACGAGCUGUGACACAUCAAGAUCUUGUUCCUAACCCCAAAACCACCGAUCUCAGAAGCAAAACCGGUAUUUUCGUUGUCGUUUUGACCAUAAUCUUUGGCCUCACCUGCUUUGUUCUUUGCCUCUAUGCCGAAGCCACAAGAUCUCAGUCUAUAUGGGGAAGCAAAACGUGCGUGUACAACAGUAGCGGCAAAACGCCGUUGUUGUGCGGCGCAAUUGCGUUUGUGGGACUAGCGGUUGCGAUGGUAGGCUUGCACAUGUACUUACUUAUCGCAGUCACCGCAUCGCCGCCACUACUUUUUGUUGAGUGGGAUCCUGACUCUGUUCCUGCCAAGAGACUCACGUUUCAAGCAGCAUUUUUCUUCGUCUCAACGUGGAUUUGCUUUGGUGUUGGAGAGGUUCUGUUGUUGGUGGCACUAAGCGUGGAAUCAGGACAUCUAAAGAACUGGUCUAAGCCAAAACCUAGUUGUCUGGUAAUCCGGCAAGGCUUAUUUUCAGCGGCCGGAGUGUUCUCACUUCUAACCAUCUUUCUAGCCACGGGACUUUACUUAACUGCUCUACAAGCCCAUAGGAUCUCUAAGGAUCUUGAAAAUACACAUAGAGAAAUCCUCGAGGCAUCAGUUCUAUAUGCAUCUCCUCCAAGAUCGCCGAGUAAUCGGAUGGCUACGGUAGCUCGAGAAGGUCCUGUGACCGUUAGAGAUGAGUCGACAUCUCUAGAAUGUCUCGUUUUUUUAAAGCAACUUCCACUUAUAGUAUAGUGUAUAUGGUAGAUAAG